CAAAUCAUCCAACAGGAAAAAGUUAUUCGUCCACUGCCAAGUCUAAAGCUCCUCUUUGAAUCAAGGGUCCGGGCAGGAGAGGCUACCCGAUGAUGUUACCUGACCAGACAUGUCAACGUUUUACUCUUUCUGAGAUUCAAUCGGCAACCCAAAACUUCGAUGAGGCUUUAGUCAUUGGCCGUGGAGGAUUCGGCAAGGUGUAUAAAUGUCCAAAAAUCGGGUCAAUUAGAGAAGUUGCAGUCAAACGGUUGCAUUCCAUGUCCCUUCAAGGAGCCAAUGAAUUUGAGGCAGAAGUUCAAGUACUUUCUAAGCUCCGGCAUGGUAAUCUUCUAUCCUUAAUUGGGUAUUGCAAUGAAGAAAAAGAGAUGGUGCUCGUUUAUGAGUUCAUGCCAAAUGGGACACUUGAAGAUCAUCUUUCCUCACCUGAUUUAUCUUUAUCUUGGAUACAACUACUGAAGAUAUGUGUAGGGGCAGCUCGAGGAUUAGACUACCUUCACAUGGGUACAUCAACUCAACAUGGAGUCAUACAUCGUGAUGUGAAAACUUCUAAUAUUUUGUUGGAUGCAAACUUUGCUGCUAAAAUUUCGGACUUCGGAUUGGCUAAAGUUGGUUUAAUAGAUAGAACUCAUGUCAGCACAGCUGUGAAAGGGACAUUUGGGUAUAUGGAUCCAUGCUAUUUCUACACAGGAAAAUUGACAACAAAAUCGGAUGUCUACGCAUUUGGAGUUGUACUAUUUGAGGUGUUGUCCGGGAGAAAAGCUGUAGACUCAACCCUUGAUGAAGACCAUUGGGGUUUAGCAGGUUGGGUUCAACACAAAAUCAAAGAGGGAAAACUCAAUCGAAUUAUUGACCCAAGACUAAUUGGACAAGUGUCAAGAAAAUGCCUGAAGGAGUUUGCAAAGGUAGCACGCUAUUGUUUACACACCAAGCCAAAACAACGCCUUACCAUGGCGGAGGUUGUCGUCAAGCUCGAGUCUAUUCUUUCACAAGAAACAGAAAUUGCCAAUUCUAUUGUUGGUGAAGAAGGAUUCAUUUACAAACUAAGAUCUCUUUUCACAGGCAAAGUUCAUACUGGAAUAAGAUGGACUACGGAUCAAACUUGUAGAACUUUCACAUAUGCUGAACUGGCAAGUGCAACAAAUGAUUUUAUGGAGGAGGUGCUUUCCCCAACUCUAAAUGAAGCCAUUUACAAAGGAUAUGCUCCAACAGAAAAUGGUGUUGGUUUAGCGAUGUUUGUUAGGAGGAUUGAGAUUCUCUUGUACCAGACGGUCGAACUAAAAAGAUUCAAUCAUCCCUGCUUUGUAAAACUCUUGGGAUAUUGCUCCAAAAAGGAAGAACUGUUUUGUGUUUAUGAGUUCAUUCAUGGCAAAAGUUUGGCUAAAUAUCUUUACGGAGAACCAGGUACAGCUUUACUUUCUUGGGAUGCACGAUUAAACAUAGCAAUAGGAGCAUGUGAAGGCCUGCUAUAUGUACAUAAGAAGAAUCAGGCAGCAUAUAGCCAAUUUAAGACCAGUCAUAUAUUGGUGGAUACGGAUUUUAAUGCUCGGCUUUCGGAUUUUGCUUUUGAUACAUACGUGUUCCAAAUGGAUCGAUAUUAUGCCGCCCCUGAGUGGUUUCGUUACAGAGCAGACAGAUUUGAUACAUAUGAAGAAACAUAUGAUAUUCUUCAUGGACUAUCGCCUACAGAUGAUUUUGCAAUGAAGAAUGAGAUCUAUGCUUUUGGAGUGGUGCUGCUGGAAAUGCUAACAGGGAUGAAGGUGUAUGAUGAGGAGAGACCUGUUGGAAAGGAAGAUUUUGUGAAAUGGGCUAUUCCGUUGUUAGCAGAUGAGGUAAAUCUGAGAAUGAUUAUGGACCCACAACUUCAUCAACAUAAUGAUUUUCCUCCAAAGGGAGCAUUCAAGUUGGCUCAACUUGUUUCAACGUGUCUUCAUCCAGAAAAAGACAAACGCCCAUCAAUGGAAGACAUCUUGCACGUGUUGAAUCAUUGUUAUCAAGAAGAAAUCAAAACAGUUUGACUCUUAAAAAUCAAACACAUAGUUCUUUUAUAGGCCUGCCAAUGUAAAUUAUACGAUCUAGGAGAUCAGCUGAAUUAAUAGGCAGGAAAGACAGUGAAUAUUUGAUCCAUUUGUAGAAUGUCUAAUGGAGUUAAAUAUUUUCAA